UGGAAACGUGAUUUAUUGUUAGGCUUAAUCUUUUAUAAACUUGUGUUUAGUUGAAAGUGUAUAUGAAAAAGGGUUUGCUGUCAGCAAUAGUAUAGGAACAUUUACAUAUAGUGUCAAUUACAUAAUCUGAUAAAAUGCAAAAUUCGGAACUAAAAGAGAAAAUCGUUUAUAAAUUGGUUCUUACUGGCGGACCUUGUGCAGGCAAGACAACAGGACAAACUCGACUGUCAACAUUUUUUGAAAAUUUAGGCUGGAAAGUUUACCGUGUUCCAGAAGCUGCUACCUUGCUGUUUAGUGGUGGAGUCCGAUUUCCAGACCUAACAGCAGAAGAAGCCAUACGUUUCCAACAUGAUCUUCUCAGGGUGAUGAUGGCUCUAGAAGAGUGUUAUUUUAGCCUUGCUGAGAGCUGUAAGCAAAACUGUCUGGUUAUUUGUGAUAGAGGAACAAUGGAUGCAUCAGCUUUCAUAGUACCUGAUGAAUGGGACAAAAUAUUGAAAAAAUUUGGUUGGAACCCUGUGGACAUCCGUGAUAAUCGUUAUCAUCAUGUACUUCAUGUGAUGUCAGCUGCUAAUGGAGCAGAAGCAUUCUACAAUGUUCUAGACAAUAUAACAAGAACAGAGGGUUUAGAACUGGCCAGAGAGAUGGACCGACGUGCUGCUCAGGCUUGGGUUGGGCAUCCAUAUUUUGAUGUGAUUGACAACUCGACGGAUUUCUCGACAAAGCUCAGCAGGAUAAUUGAUUGUGUCUGUCGAAGGAUGGGCAUUAACACUGGUGACAGGUUAGCUCAAGACAGUCGUAAGAGAAAGUUCUUAGUGGGACAUCUGCCAAGUGAUUCAGUGUUUCCAUUGUAUCAAGAUUUUGAUGUCAUCCAUGACUACCUGCUUACUGCCAACCCCAAGACCCAAGCUCGACUUAGAAAACGGGGUCAAAAUGGUAAAGGAUGA